CUUUGACUUAAGCCAUAAUACGGACUUUUGAAUCUCAUUUAGCACUUAGCAAGAGCUUCAGUGUUCUUUUGAUCCAAUUUGAAAAACAAGAGAAGAAAUGGCCUUAGCUAUGGUAGGAGAGGCACUUAUUUCUGCUUCUGUUGAGAUCUUAACAAAAAGGAUAGCUUCAAGAGAGUUUCGAGAUUUCUUCUCCAGCAGAAAGUUGAAUAUUUCUGUGUUGGAUGAGUUGAUGAAGUUGUUGGCACUUAAUGCUGUGCUAAAUGAUGCUGAGGAGAAACAAAUCACUGAUCUUGCAGUGAAGGAAUGGCUUGAAGAAUUGAAAGAUGCUGUCUUGGAUGCAGAAGAUUUGUUGGAUGAAAUCAACACAGAUGCUUUGAGAUGCGAGGUGGAGGAUGAAACUAAAACAUCUACUACAAAGGUCAGAUCAAUGUUUUCUUCUAGCUUUAAAAAUUUCUAUAAGAGGAUGAAUUCCAAGCUUGAAGCAAUAUCUGGAAGGCUAGAACAUUUUGUUAGACAAAAAGAUAUUCUUGGCUUGCAAAGUGUUACUAGGAGUCUAUUAUAGAACAGUAACAGAUUCUUUGGUUGAAUCUUUUGUGGUUGCUAGAGAGGAUGACAAGGAGAAGCUAUUGAGCAUGCUUCUAUCUGAUGAUGAUGCCAUGUCUAAUGAUAUAGCAGUGAUCACAGUAUUGGGCAUGGGAGGUCUAGGAAAAACAACCCUUGUUCAAUCCCUUUACAAUGAUAGUGAAGUGCAGAAACAUUUUGAUUUGACAGCUUGGGCAUGGGUGUCGGAUGAUUUUAAUAUUCUGAAGGUCACAAAGAAAAUUGUUGAGUCUCUCACAUCAAAAGAUUGUCAUAUUCUGAAGGUCAUUGUGACUAGCCGACAACAAAAGGUUGCACAGGUCACACAUACAUGUCCUACUUACGAGCUUCAACAUCUUAGUGAUGAAAACUGUUGGCAAAUACUAGCCAGACAUGCAUUUGGGCAUGAAGGUUAUGAUAAAUAUCCAAGUCUAGAAAAAAUGGGUAGGAAAAUUGCAAGAAAAUGCAAUGGCCUACCAUUAGCUGCUAAAACAUUGGGAGGUCUUUUGCGAUCAAAUGUUGAUGCUGCGGAAUGGAAUAGAACUCUGAACAGCAACUUGUGGGCACAUGAUGAUGUUUUACCAGCUUUGCGCAUAAGUUAUUUUCAUCUUCCAGCACAUUUGAAAAGAUGUUCUGCUUAUUGCUCUAUUUUUCCAAAACAAUCUUUGUUGGAUAGGAAGGAAUUGAUUUUGUUAUGAAUGGCUGAAGGCUUUCUUCAACAUAACAAAGAGAAAGCAAUAGAAUCAGUAGGUGAUGACUGCUUCAAUGAAUUAUCAUCCAGAUCCUUAAUUCAAAAAGAGAGUGCUAUUGCAGAGGAAAACUUUCAAAUGCAUGACCUCAUCUAUGAUUUAGCUAGACUUGUGUCUGGAAGAAGUUCUUGCUACUUCGAAGGUGGUGAAAUCUCAAGAACUGUUCGCCAUUUAUCAUUUCUCAGAGAGAUGUUUGAUGUCUCUGAAAAGUUUGAGGCCUUGUAUGAGCUAAAGUGUUUGCGGACCUUUGUACCACAAUCAGAAUAUCCAACCUUUCUGCCAAGAAUGGUAUAUCCAUUUGAACAUUGUUACUUAACCAAAAUGGUAUCACAUGGUUUGAUAGCUCAUCAAAUACAGGGGAUAUCAUAUCAAGCAAAGAUGAAGAUGUCACAAUAGCAACAACAGGGGUACACCAAGCAAACAAAGAGGUGCAAGUAGUGAGUAAAACCAAAAGGAGGAUUGUGAGGCCCACAUACCUUAAGGACUUCGUCUGAAGCCCUGCACUCGUGUGAAGAAUGAUAUGGAAAUGCUGCAAGGAUUCGGUGCUAGUAAUUAGGGAACAAGAAUAACGAAUUGCUGAUAUUCUGAAAUCACAAAAGACAAAUUCUAUUAUGAGAAUUUCAGUAUAAAUAUACAAUGUAAUAACAACACCAAUUAUCAAUGAAAAUAGCAAGUUUCUUCUUCUUA